AUGUAUUUCUUCCCUACUUUUUAUUUAUUUAUUUUUAUUUUUGUGGAUCUCAACUCAAUUUUGGGAGAUAAUAAUUUGGAUGCAAAUUUAAUUGGGAAUCUUCCCUUUACUCAAGAGGAAAAUCAUCAAAAAACCACUUCCCACCACCACCACAAUCAUCAUCCUAAUUCACAAAAAACUGCCCAUCAUCACCCAUCUUCAGAUACAUCUCAUUCUUGGGGAUAUGAGGAUCACAAUGGUCCGCAUACUUGGGGAAAGCAUUGCAGACAUGGCACGCGCCAGUCACCUAUUGACAUUCGAACAUCAAAUCUAGAAUUUGCUUAUAUUAAUCAACUACAUUUUGUUAACUACGACCAUUCUGGGGCUGUUGAACUUAAAAAUAAUGGGCAUGGAGUUGCCAUCAGCGGCUUUGAAAAAUGGGAACCUAGGCAGAGACCUUAUAUUUACGGUGGAGGGCUAACUGGCAAAUAUCUUUUACUACAAUUUCAUUUCCACUGGACAUCUGAUCAUUUAUAUGGAAGUGAGCAUACAAUAAAUAAUCUUCAUUAUCCUGUUGAAGUCCAUUUAGUACAUGUCAAGGAAGAAUAUAAUACAUUAACAGAAGCUUUGGAACAGCCAGAUGGACUUGCAGUUGUCGGAAUAUUUAUGUAUAUUGGGAAUGAUGGAAGUUCAAUGGCAAAUUUAGAGACAGGAUUGAAAAGAGUGGUUGAACAAGACUCAGCAACACUAAUCUUUAAUUACACUGUUGGCGUGCAUUUACCUCCAGUUUUGGACAACUUUUAUCGUUAUCAGGGGUCAUUAACAACCCCGGGGUGUGACGAAUCGGUGAUAUGGACAUUGAUGACUGAGCCCAUACCUAUUCUUGUACAACAGCUUGAAACUCUACGCUCCAUUCAUGGUCCAAUCUUUGGAAAACGCCUCAGCGUCAACAACCGCCCGCUCCAACCAUUGAAUGGGCGUAGAGUCCAAUUCCGUUCAUCAUCUCUAAACCGACAAAAAAUUUGCAGUAAUGACACAUUUGUGACGAAGCCGAGUGGGAAUGGUAGUGGCUUUGUUUCUGUAUUAAGUGGACCAUUAGCAUUUAUUUUUGCACUUUUUACUUUUCUCGCAGUUUCAAAUAAUUAUUAUACGGUGAUUUAAAAGCAUGAAUAUAGAUUUUAUAUAAUUAACAAUAAAAUGAUAAUCAUUUUAUUUUUUCUAUUCAUUAAUACAAUUAAAUAAUUACAUAGAAUAUUAACGAUACAGCAGGAAAAUACAUAUAAACAUUUUUUGUUAAGG